UGAGGUCUUCUACCACCCCACUUACUUGGAAAGGCAUGGUACUUAACUAUCCUUAUUAAAACCACACACCACAGUUCAGCUCACCCUCGUCGUUAGAGAAUUCUGAACUUCUUCAAGCGUUUACCGCUUAACUAUCCAUUUCUCAGUGGAACACACCCUACUACACCACACAGUCUUCGGUGGCUACAGACUCUACAGAGGUGGUUGGUGGGGGAGUUUGAAUUCUUCAAGUCUUAUUAGUGCUUACCGGUAAACAGAAGCCCGGUCUCGUCCCUGGCUGGGCUGGUGGUGAAGCCUAGCUAGCCAGAAUCUUGGUGGCGAGGUGUGGUCCGGUCGUCCGAUCACAGCUGUGUGAGGCCUCAGUCGAUACAAUUUCCCACAUUCAACUUUUGCAUCGCGCUUUCUACGAACAGACGCCCCCAAAACCCGUGACUCGAGUGCUAUAAUAUUGUUGAUUUGCAAAUCACCUUCACACCUCCGCACUCCGCACACAACUUGGCCUUUUUCUAAAUAGAAACACUAAAACUACUUCAUUUUCACAUACUGCACCAUGGGGAGCAAUACAAUCUUUAUGCAGCAACAGGAGAACCAGUUCCGCUGUGGUAAGUGGACAGACGAAGAAGAGGCGUAUGCUGUCGCUUUGAUGGAGGCUUUCAAGGAUGGCUUGCUAGAGGAUAUUGAGCAGGGGGCAAGCUUGAGGUUAUAUCUCUCUACGAAACUUCACUGCAAUGUCAAAAGGGUGUCCAAAAAGUAUGAAGGCACGAACUAUCAAGGAGCGCGAAGGUUCCAGAAGAAUGCCUCUGCGUCCCCGGAAGAGCUUGCGUUCACGAGGAGCAAGCUCGUAAAGCUCCACGAAGACUUUGAGGCCUCCAUCAAGGUACUGGCCAUGGUGAGAGCUUCUAAGACUGCUGCUGCCUCGCACGGAACCUCCGCGGAAAUCGGAACGGCACAGGCAAGCACGCAAUUCCUCAGCAGCGGUGUGACCCAGCCCUCUGCGAUGCUCGGCGCAUUCCCGAAUACCAGUACGCAGGCAACGUUGGCUUCGUUGGAGGACGCGCUUGGGUUUCGUAACAGCAUCUUGUCAACACAGCACGACCCUCUGCGGGUGCAAAGUUUGCUCGGACGGGCCUCCGUUCGGUCACAGCUCUUUCUGUCACAUCUGCAGAACUCGACACCUCAUCAUCAGACUUUACUACUCGAGCAGCAGCUCCCUCCAAGAAGAUACCUGGAUCCAGUAGUAGCGGACAGGACAUCUAUUCUGGGUUCUGACAGUAUGACGCCCGCAAGCACGAGCAUGUUUAUGGGCGGUGACCUCCUUGGGGCCGGUCUCGGAUCUAGGAACCUGCGUCAUGAGAGGUCGACCAUGGAAGCCGAUCCCGUGGCAGCUGCGGCAGCAGCCAGGAGGACCUACGCCAGUCUCUGGGCUCCAUCCGCAGACUCCCCUGCAGCAACUUCAACCUCCGCACUUGGCGUGAUGCCAACGAGUCAGGAGCUCGCGCUGCUGAUGCAAGAAGAAGAACGCGUGGCGGCGGUGUUGUCGGCUGGUUCCCAAACUGCGGCGGGAGCCAGGAGGACCCCCGCCAGUCGCUGGGCUCCAUCCGCAGAGUCACACGCAGCAGCUUCAACCUCCGCGAUGCCAACGAGCCAGGAACUUGCACUGCUGAGGCAAGAAGAAGAACGCGUGGCGGUGUUGUCGGCAAUAGAUAGUCCGAGUCCCCAAACUUCACUCUCGAUGAUCAUGGUCCGAACACGGCAGACACCAUCUGAAACGAAACGAAGGUGGACCGCGCAACAACAAGCCAAUGAAGAACUACAGCGGGCCCAAGCGCUAAACGAAUCACUGAAGAAAGAGUUGGAACGUGAAGAGCACUUGUAUCUAGAACACCAACGGAAGAGAGCCAAACUCUCUGGAGCUCGACCGGGGAACUCGUACGCAGACUCCGCUACAAGGGGUUUCUGUUGAUCAUGACUGAACUCAUCUGAGAUGCUUCGUCGGACUUCUGUAUGUUUUCUAACUUCCAGCCAGGCAUGUGUAAUAGAAUUAGUAAUGGUCUAGGAAGAAUAUGUUAUCACAG